AUGAAUUUAAACGACUUUGUGGUGCUUCCUAACAACAAGGCCAAAUCUGUCAAGCUUAAUGCCAGGAACCUGCAAGAACUGCACAUGAAGACGGUGACUCUGGACCAGGAGAGCAAAGAGAUGGAAGAGAAACUGCAACAGCUUAAAGAGAGCAUGAGUAAAGAAAAAGAGGAAAGAGGACACUCAGGAGCAUUUAGAUGGAAGUCUGGACAAUGUGGUUCAUUAAACAUCAAUUCUCUGACAAAUGGCACCAAGAAGAACAAGGAGAACACAGUCCAAAAGCUGUCAGCAGGCAAGGUGAAGAUCCGACUGCUUAAGGAUGAACCGUUGGCAGCAUUCAAGAUCAGCUACAGAGCUGCACCCUGGGAACUGGUAGAGGUUCGGUGUCUUGCUCAUGGCUACUCCAUCCCACCUCAGCCACCGGCUCUGCCCCCUGCCAUUAGUCAUCGGACAACAAGAAAAAACAGGCUGAGGGGAACAAUAUGUGGACAGUGUGAAGUCAAGACUGCCGGAGUAAUGUGUGCUGAAUGCACAGAGGCCUACUGCAUUGGCUGCUUUGCCAAAUUUCAUCAGAAGGGGGCACUGAAGCUCCACAGAAUUAUCCCCAUUCAGACAGACUUACAGACUCAUGUGAGCACACGGGAAGUUGUUGACUGCUUCCAGAAACAGAUGAACCCUAGCUCCGAUCCCAGUGCCUUUACAAAUCAAAAACUCAGUCCCAGUUCUGGACCCAGUCACAAUCCUCCCUUCUCAUCUAAUACCAUCACAAGACGAGGAGAUCAAAAACCUGAAACUGGAACAGAGGCUAUGGCCAAACACAUGCAAUUGCACCCUGAUCCUGGCCAGGUGUUGUUUGUGAAUCACGGAGAAGAGAUAGAGGUGGAAACGACUGGCGAUGGGCGGGAAAGGGAGGACAAAAAAGGUUUUUCCACUUCUCUAUUUGGAGGAGAAUACAAUGAGGAGGUUUCUGCAAGAUCUUUCCAGGAGGCCCUCAGACAGUGGAGAGGAGAGAGGAGUGAUGUAGAAGGAGAAACCAUGAUACAGGAUGCAAUGUGGACACCUGUUCGACCAGUAUCAGUGUCAGCUAUGGCGACCCAGGCUAACCUACCUCCAGACAGAGGAGCUGAAGGGCAAGGAAGAGGAGGCAGAGAAGGGAGGGUACCUAUCAGGGUGGAGUUCAUAGAAAACAGCCUUACCUACAUGGACAGAUUGCUUCUCAAGAAGCACCGCAGUAUCCUAACAAACGAGGAGGAAGAUUUCCGUCGCUACUGUGCAUCAUUGUUUGCUGUCCCUGUCAGCAGGAGCAGGACAGAGCCUCAGAUUACUACAACUGAAUCGUGCGUCAUCAUAGAAGUCAUGGAUGAAGCAGACAGAGACAUAAAUGGACUCUUUGUAGCUGAACAGAGGGCAGACAACAAUAUAAAGGUCCCCUCUGUUCAGCAGGUCUCCAGCAAAGGAAGAGAACCCGUGCCCCAAACACUCUUAACCAGUGGUGGGUUCUCAAGAGUCAGCCCCUCUCCUACCAGUCGAACACAACCAUCCAGGCAGCCUAAAGCAUCAACACAAACCAAAGCACCUCAGAAGCUCCAUAUGUCUAAGCCUCCGACUCCACCAGCAGAACAGUCAAUGAUAUACAGUGGAGAUGAAAUGUCCACUGAUAGCCUAGGUCUGAUUCCACAUGAGGAAGACUCUUCAGACGAAGAACCAAAGAUGCAUGGAUGUUUGGCAAGAGGGAGAUCCAGAGAAGAAGACCAAGGGAAUUCUGCCACAUCUCAUCUAGAAGAUCCCUUUGUUCCUGCAGAGGCUGAGAAAGAAAAUGAUGUGCAGACUGAUGAACCAGAACAGCUGUCAGAACCAUCCAUGGUGAUGCACAACCAGAAAGCUAGGUCUGGAUCAGAGCAGUCCUGUGAUCUGGAUGAGUUUUCACCCCUGGGUUUGGGCAUGAAUUGUGGGUCAGUGGGUUACAGGCCAAGCAGUAGCCUCACUACCUACACGGAGGAACAUCUGGUUUUCAGAAUGAUGAAGGACAACCCAACACAGAAAACUGGAAUCCUGAUUCACUCUACCACACCCACUGGGACAGGACAAAUUUCAGCAAAUGAACAAGGAACAUCUGGGGCAUGGUCCAAUCUUUUUGGCAAGUCUACACUGAAUCCAAGGACGGACACUAGUCCUCUUCCUGCCUCUGUCCCACCCUCUCUUUCUCAUUACCCCUCUCCUCGUUUCUCUGCCUGCCUGUCCCCUACCAAGUUGGGCUCAGAGCUGGGUCCAGUGUUUCGUCCAUUGUCCCAGGCAGCCCAGGAGAUUAUGGAUAUCUGUAGUGUGGAUCAGGUAGGCUGUGAGGACCCUGACCUGGAGACUGAAGCAACUGCACACACCCUCCAUGAUCUAGAACAGGAACUCAGACUCAUGGCCAAAGCCACAGCCAUGAACGCUCCACUGAGUUUCCAAGUGCCGGGGAAUGGCACCCCUCCUGCUAAUGAAUACGCCUUUGUGGAUGUGUGUUGUGCCGGAGAGCGACUGAGUGCUUAG